CGCUGCUCUUCGCGCUGGGCUGCCGCAUCCAGCGGCACUGCGGCAAGGUGCUGCUCGCCGGGCUGCUGCUCUUCGGGGCGCUGGCCCUGGGGCUCCGCGCCGCCGCCAUCGAGACCGACCUGGAGCGGCUGUGGGUGGAAGCCGGCAGCCGUGUCAGCCAGGAGCUCAGGUACACGAAAGAGAAGCUGGGGGAAGAAUCCGUCUACACGUCCCAAAUGCUGAUCCAGACCCCGAAACAGGAAGGGGAGAACGUCCUCACCCGGGAGGCGCUGGAGCUGCACCUCGAGGCGGCGCUGGCGGCCAGCAAGGUGCAAGUCUCGUUGUAUGGAAAAUCCUGGGAUUUGAACAAAAUCUGCUACAAGUCCGGCGUCCCCAUCAUUGAGAACGGCAUGAUCGAGCGGAUGAUCGAGAAGCUUUUCCCCUGCGUGAUCCUGACCCCGCUGGACUGCUUCUGGGAUGGCGCCAAGCUGCAAGGAGGCUCCGCCUACCUCCCGGGGCGGCCGGACAUCCAGUGGACGAACCUGGACCCCGUGCAGCUGCUGGAGGAGCUAGGCCAGUUCACCUCGCUGGAGGGCUUCCGGGAGCUGCUGGACAAGGCGCAGGUGGGGCAGGCCUACGUGGAGCGGCCCUGCCUCAACCCCCGCGAGCCCGCGUGCCCCGCCAGCGCCCCCAACAGGCUGAGCCAGCAGGACCCCGACAUCCCUGCCGAGCUGACAGGGGGCUGCCACGGCUUCUCCCGGAAAUUCAUGCACUGGCAAGAGGAGCUGAUCCUGGGGGGCACCACGAAGGACCCACAGGGCAGGCUGCUGAGUCCUGGCAGAGAGCCCUGGGCCCCGCAACUGACCGAUGUGGAACAUGGCCCCACACACGUGUCGGACACACACAGAGACCCAGGCCCCGUUACUGACCGAGCUCUGCGCCCCGUGUCCCUGCAGGCUGCCGUGGUGGUGGUGUUUAACUUCGCCAUGGUGCUGCUCAUCUUCCCAGCCAUCCUGAGCCUGGACCUGCACCGACGCCAGGACCAGCGGCUCGACGUCCUGUGCUGCUUCUACAGCCCGUGCUCCUCCCGUGUCAUCCAGAUCCAGCCGCAGGAGUACGCCGACGCCAACGAGAACCACGCCUCUCACCCCUCGCCCUACGGGCACCCGGCUGUGGCCACCAGCACCCAGAUCACCACCACGGUGCAGGCCUUCACCCGCUGCGACCCUUCGGGCCGGCACGUUGUCACCAUCCUGCCGCCCACCGCCCAGGUCUGCACCGCGCCGCUGGCCCCUGCCGACCCGCUGGGCUCCCAGCUCUUUGCCCCGGCUAGCUCCACCCGCGACCUGCUGGCCCAGCUGGACGGGGCCAAGGGGGGCCGGGAGUGCGUGCCGCUGCCCCUGUGCCGCUGGAAUCUGGCCGACUUCGCCAGGGAGAAGUACGCCCCCCUCCUGCUGCAAACCCAGACCAAGGGCAUCGUGGUGCUGCUGUUCCUGGCGUUGCUAGGCCUCAGCCUGUAUGGCAGCACACUGGUGCACGACGGGCUGUACCUGACGGACAUCGUGCCGCGGGGCACCAAGGAGCACGCCUUCAUCGCCACCCAGUCCAAGUACUUCUCCUUCUACCACGUCUUCAUCGCCACCAAGGGCGGCUUCCACUACCCCAGCUCGCAGGAGGCGCUAUACGGCCCCCAGCCCCUGGAGUUCGCCCAGUUCCCCUUCUACCUGAGCGGCCUGCGCCAGACCGCGGACUUCGUGGAAGCCAUCGAGAGCGUGCGGGCCGUGUGCGAGGAGGCGGCCCGGGAGCGCGGCGUGGCCAGCUACCCCAGCGGCUACCCCUUCCUCUUCUGGGAGCAGUACAUCGGCCUGCGCCACUGGUUCCUGCUGGCCGUCAGCAUCGUGCUGGCCUGCACCUUCCUGGUGUGCGCCGUGCUGCUGCUCAACCCCUGGACCGCUGGCAUCAUCGUGGCCGUGCUGGCCAUGAUGACGGUGGAGCUCUUCGGGAUGAUGGGGUUGAUGGGCAUCAAGCUGAGCGCCAUCCCGGCCGUGAUCCUCAUCGCCUCGGUGGGCAUCGGCGUCGAGUUCACCGUCCACGUGGCCCUGGGGUUCCUGACGGCCAUGGGCAGCCGGACGCUGCGCUCGGCCCUGGCCCUGGAGCACACGUUGGCACCCGUGCUGGACGGGGCACUCUCCACGCUGCUGGGCCUACUCAUGCUGGCCGGCUCCGAGUUCGACUUCAUCCUGAGGUAUUUCUUUGCCGUGCUCACCGUCCUGACGGUCUUGGGCCUCCUGAAUGGCCUGGUGCUGCUGCCCGUCCUGCUGUCGGUCAUCGGACCCCCGGCCGAGGUCAUCCCGGCGGAUAAUGGCAGCCGCCUGCCGUCACCAGAGCCCAUCCCCCCACCCAUCAGCCAUCACGGCUUCUACAUGCGGCCGCCCCCGGCCUGGCCCGGUGCCUUUGCGGACUCCCUGGACUCGGAGUACUACUCGGAGAGCACCGCGGGCUCGGGGCUGACCCACCCCCAGCCCUACGACCCCGGCGCCUACAUCCUGCCGCCCGCCCCGGCCCGUGUCCUGGUGCAGGCCAGCAAGAAUCCCAGCUUCCCCACCAUCACGGUGGUGAAAACCUACCAGGAGAACCAGGAGCCACCAGGGAAGAAGGAGCCACCGAGCACCAACCAGACCCAGUCCCUGGCUGCCGGCGACUCCCUCCCAUCGGCCGGCCCGGAUCUCAGGGACUUGCCUCAGCACAGACUGCCCCGGCCCGGCCCCCCCGGCGCCAGGACUGUCCCGCACCGAGCCCCCCGGCCCCUGCGGACUGCCCUCCCCGCCUACAGCGGCAGCUACACCACAGUGACGGCCACGGCCUCCGUGACGCUGGCCCUGCACCCACCCCUGCCAGGCUCCUUGCAGGGUUACACACAUGACAGCUAUGAGGACAGCGAGUCCGACUGCCCGGAGGAGCCCGGCCCGCCUGCCUGCAGUGCCCCCGGCUCCGCCGCGCCCGAGACCCUCACGCUCCACCACCGGGGACGGGCAGACGGCUCUGCGAGGCCCUAGGUUGCCCCGGGAAGCGCCGUGGUUCCUAGCUGACGCCUGCCGUGCCCAGGGAGCGAGCAGAACGGAGAAGAGACGCUGCGAGCGCUGGCACCCUUGCGUGGACGCCAGCUGAACACUGAGCUGGAGCGAGCUGUUGGACUGGUGACCUGCGCCAGGCGCUGCCAGCAGGGGCAGUGCCCACGGGCGGGGGCAGGAACUGCCGCCAUCCCUGCAUUGUGCUGCUAUUCCCCAAUGAUUAAUUAUUUUAUUUGUAUUGCUCUGCGCUGGGACAGAGAUCUGCCCUGACCCCGCCUGGCAGCGCCCCCCUGACUCCACAGCAGAAGACGACUGGGCUGGGCUGGGCUGGGCUGGCGGGGGCUGCUGCCCCGGGGGGGGGGAACAGCUGGGCCUUUUGGUGAAUCACUGCGUCGAGGUUUCUAUGCAAGGUGUGUGUGAACGGGCUGGCCGGGGGAAACCCCCAGGGGCUGCCGAGACACCCCCUGCCCCCCAGCCUGGCCUGGGGUCUCGGUUUGUAUCCCCACCCCCUAGUUUCCCCUCCCCCUCCCAGAGCAGGUGUCUUUUCUGCGCCCUAGGAACUGCAGCACGAACGCCGGCCCCUUGUCACUUCGGGGGCAGCUGCGGGCUGGAGGAACGGCCUGGGGAGCCUUGGCAAAGGAGCUAGAAACCCCACCCCCGUUGUGCCCCAUAGCCAGUCCCUCUCCCUAUGGACCCCAGCUGUCCCCCACUCCGUGUGCCCAGGUCAGGUCCCUGCCCAAGCGGGUGUCCUGGAGCUCUGCACCCUCCAGUGGUGUAUGGCGGGCGGGGGGCUCAGCCGAUCCCUUGGGCAGGAGCCGGGGCCGUACCCUGCCACCCUGCCCCCAGCUCCGAGUCGGGGGGCUCCCCGGGAGACCAGCUGUGUCUGGGGAGGGGCCCAGCAACCCCCGCCCCCCCGCAGGGGGAUGAGAUGCCAGCCCCAGUGGGGAUGGGAGGGUCGGGGGGCUGAGCUCUGGCCCAGGGGGCACCCUGGACUCACGCGAGAGGCUGGAACGGGGGCCAUGUGCCCCCACCCUGGGAGACGGGCACGGUCCCGACCCUAGUCAUUGAGAAGGGAAACUCGCGCUUUUCUCACUUUAACACCUAAAGCCUGACACCAGCAGGGCCCAGAUCCAGCGAGGCCUAGCGGCUAGAGAACUGGCCCGGGCCUCAGGACCCCUGGCUUCUCCUCCCCGCUCCUUGGGAAAAGCCCUCCCUGCCUCACUUUCCCCAUGGGGACAAUGCUACCCAUCCUCCUUUGUAAACGGCUGUGAGACCGAACUGUGAGGCUCC